ACUGUGUAAAGCACAGAACGGGGCCAAAGUCUCUGGGAGCGAUCAGUGUGAAUCCGAGGCCACUCCCAGUGAGUCUUGAAGCCGCCCAUCAGGCAUUGGCUCCGCCUGGGUGUUAAAUAACAUCGAGUGAACAAGGCUGAUGCGAGCAGACGGAGUCAGUACCUUUGUGUUGCCGGGAGAGAGGACAAGUUGAUGUGAAAUGGCUUGUCGCAACAGCAGAGAAAAUAAGAGGAACUGCACAUUUGUCCGGAUUUUCCUGCCUCUGAUUAUUGCCAUCGCUUUUCUUCAGACAUCUGACUGUAAAAAUCACCAAUGGCACAGCCUCAGUUUGUCUCAUCAUUGGCCUCAGACUGUGUGUUUGAUGGAGAGUGAAACCUGCAAAGUUCCUCAAAAUAUUGAUUACUGGACAGUUCAUGGCCUUUGGCCCAAAGGAGAUGAAUUGUGCAACAAGUCCUGGCAUUUUGAAAUCCAAAAUGUAAAGGACAUUUUACCUGAAUUAAAACUCUGGUGGCCUGAUGUGCUUCAUCCCAACAGUACUCAGUUCUGGAAACACGAGUGGGCGAAACAUGGAACCUGCGCAGCUACAUUGCAAUCCUUGAACACCCAGGAGAAGUACUUCAGCAAAACACUGGACCUGUUCCAUAAAACCGACCUGAACAGUGUUUUUAAAAAGUUUAAUAUUCUCCCUUCGUCCAACUAUUAUACGCUGGAGGUCAUUGAAAGUGCACUCGUGUCAGUCUAUGGGGUUAUGCCGAAAAUUCAGUGCCUUAAGAGGGAAGAUCAGCUCAAAUCCUGGGUCAGAUUGAACUGUGUUUCACCAAAGACUUCGACCUGCUGAACUGCACACACGAUGUAUUCAGCACCCACACUACUGAGAAUGACAGACAGUGUGCUAACUAUUUAGGUUUAUCAGUGUGUGACCCACAAGAGCAAAUCUAUUACCCUCCAAUUGAGCAUCUGUAUUGAGUGUGAGAGUUUACUGCUAGUGGUUUCUGUUCAGCAGGUUCACUGGACUGGACAGUACAGCACAUUGACUUCUUUGGUAUCAGAUACAAUGCAGCUGUCAGUUUGAGUACAGUGUCAAAUUUUAAUAUCAAGAAACCAUGCUAGCAUUGCAUGAUGGGUCAGUCAGUUUUUCCAAAAGGCAAAUUAAUGUCACCAACAUGAAUUUCUAUUUUUUUUAUGACUUUAGCCAUUUCCAAAAUCAUUUGCAUUUGUACCAGCACCACUUUUCAUUUGGCGUGGAAUUAUUUAAAACAAAUGAUUUUAAAACUGGUUUUCAAAGCUCAGACCUGCAUUCCUGCCAAGUUAAGCUAUAAGCUGGCCUUAUCAUUCUAGUUGAUUUAAACUAUGUAUUCAGUAGUCACCAGUUUAUUUUAUGACAUUUGGUGUUGAACUAGCAAUACCUAAUUGUGGUGCUGAUCCUUAGGGGCAGGAAACCAAAGUCAUUGAUCUAUCAUGUAAAGGACAAGGAAUGCAUAGAUCUUAAAGCUUUAGUCAUUUCUUCAUGCCGAUUUUUAGAUUAGAUUCCCUACAGUGUAGAAACAGGCCCUUCGGCCACACCGACCCUCCGAAGAGUAACCCCCCCCGACU